GUGUGUGGCGGAGGGGAGGGAGAGUUUGGGGGGUGAUUUCGUUCUCGUUUUCGGGAGAGGAACAGACGCUCGACCGCGGCGAACAAUGCGACCGAAACUGGUGACGUUUCUCUUCCUCCUCGCCUGCGGGCGGGCGGGCACCUGGGCGGCCGCAGACAACGUGUGCAGUGGGGCCCCGGAGUUCCUGUCUCCCCUGGGGACCCCGGUGCUGACGUCGACUUUGGGGGCUCAGCUGUCCCUCAACUGCACCGCCAGGCUGUCCUCCGACCCGCAGGACCCACACUGCGACUCUGCUCUGCACUGGCUGAAGGAUGACCAGCUCCUGACCAACACCAGCCUCUACCCCAGGAACGACUCCGAGUGGUCUGCCAACAACGGCUCACAGAGGUUUGUGAGAAGUCUGCUGCAAGUUACUGUGAGGGAUCAGGGGAGCUACGGAGUCUUCUCCUGCAGGCUGAGCAACGCCACAGCCACUUUUAAGCUGCAGAGAACGGGUAAGGAGCUGGAGCACACAAGUGGUAAACCCUUCAUUUUCUCUGGCUUUGGCAUCACUCAGGCCUCACUGUACUCCCGCUGCCGCCUGAACCUCAGGCUCUGGUACAAGAACGCCUACGGCGACUACGAGAUGAACGACGGGAAGCUGUAUGAUGCCUAUGUCUCCUACGUGAACAAUGAGCACGACCGGAAGUUUGUGAACUUCAUCCUGAAGCCACACCUGGAGAACAGGUACAGCUACAAGCUGCACCUGCACGACGGAGACAUUCUGCCCGGCUCAGAGCCCUCUGCGGAGCUGCUGAUGAACGUUAGUCGGUGCCGGCGCCUGAUCGUGGUCCUGUCCAGGGCCUACCUGGAGCAGGAGUGGUGCACCAACAGCUUCAGGGAGGGACUCUGGCGCCUGCAGGAGCUGUGCCGGCGGCCCGUCUUCAUCGUGUUCGAGAGCCAGCGCAGGCAGCUGAGCCCGCCCGCGCUGCGGCUGCUGAAGGAGAGCGGGCGCAGCGUGGCCCUCCUGCUCUGGGGCUCCAAGUCCAUGACCCCGUCCUCCCAGUUUUGGAAGAGCCUGGUCCUGGAGAUGCCCCGCAAGCUGAUGUACCACCACAACACAGGGGACCCCCAGACUCUGCUCCAGGAUGACAAGGACCCCAUGCUGACCCUGAACCCCGACUAUCUGGACUGCCGCCCCGACCCCGACCCUGCUGGAGACCUGGGUGAGCUGGGGGUGUAGCCUGUGACCCCAGAUCUGACUGGGACCC